AAUCAGCUGAUCUCACAACCUGGACACCUUCAGGGACCAAACUCAGCCCCGGAAAUUUCUAAAUCCCGUGGAUAACAUGUGAAAGAAACAUUGAACUAAAAAAACGCCACCAUAUAAUUUUAGAAACACAAAAUGAUACUUUCUUAAACAUGAGACCAAAUUAGUCCAACCACUCCAUCGAUAAUACCUGACGAAGCAACAUCCCGGUGUUCCGACUGCACGUAAACGUUCACAAGAUGCUCCAGUACUUCCCUUUUGGCGUGCGGCGGUCGUGCACAUUAUAAGCCUUGCCAUCUCACCCCCCUGGCAGAGGAGCUGCCACCGCCACCCGGUCACCGUCGUGCUCUGGCGGCGCCCGGAUGAACCCCACGCCGUCCUGGUGGCCACCGUGCCCAAGCAGGGAGCUCAGCUGUGAACUUUCCCGACUGCAGGUGGGGGGAAACUGCGGUCCCCUUGAGACGUCGCCGGAGAUGUGCUUGCGGGAGGGAGACCAGCUUCUCCUCCAACUAUGCGGAAAUGUCUCCUGUGCAGGGGCUGAGACGAACGAGCACGGCAUUCUAGAGGAGCGGAUCACUUUCCGCAGCCAGAAUGAGCUGCUGUUGCAUCUGGCUGAAGUGGACCCCUUUGGUAACUACAGUUCACCUCACUACAAGGGCGCCGUGGUCUCCUCCAGGGUCUCCAGAGGUCAGCUGGAGUCGCACGGGGACACGCUGGUCCAGGCGGAAAUAAAGCACCUCGGGAAGCCCGUGUGCACGCUUCCCCUGACUUUACGCAAGUCAGUCAGAACCGUCAGACGACCCGUCACGCCGAAGAUAACCCUCUACUCCCUCCCUGACUCACUGCUCCUCUGGCUAUCAGGGGAGCUUUCGGAAGAGGAGAUCGCUUUCUCUACGCCUUUGCCGCAGCGCCGCCCAGCUGGUGAAGCUCCGGGCAGGGGACAGUCUGCCCGCCCAAGCCUUCUGCAUCUUGACCAUGUGGAGGAGGGAGUUGCCCACCUCCCAGCUCCAUCUCAAGGUCUCCCAGUUGGCACAAAACUUGGCCAGGAUCUGCCGACCGGAUCUGGCCAGAGAACAGCUGCUACGGCAGGCGGAAGAAAGAAAAUAAAAGAUUUUAAAUGACAAUACAGUGUUCGCCCGGCUAUGGCAUUUCACCAAAUAUGUUGGCAUUUAGGGAGCAGACAAAAUGAUAUGGUUUGGUUGAACAGAUGUUAAACCACUGACGUGGACUUGCCAUUGGAUCUACUAGCAAUGUUUUACUGCUUCCACAAGAGAGCAGUGUUUCACCAUUUUUUUGAGCCUUCAUUCAAACUUGGGGUUAUAUCAAGAUAGUCAUGACUGAACAUGUAUUUUGAAGGUGGACACUGCUUCAUAACACAUUCAGACAAUAAGACAAGCGUCAGAGCACAUUCAAAUCCAUAUUUGACUGAGGAAACCUUGCAAAUGCUUGACUUCCUGGUCUUCGAUUGCUGAAAACAAAAACUGCGGCGGUUAAUGUGUGACACCUCUGCACGAAGAGAUGUGGAUGAUUCACCAGUGCGGCCUGUUGGCGUGUCAGCACUGACACGUGGCCUCUUUUGGGCCCCAUGACACCGAGUCAUCUUAGUUCUCACCAGCACUGAUGUUCGGCGACAGUCAACAUUCUCACACGCCACUUUCUGUUCCAACUCAAGUGACGGAGAAAUCAUGACGGGUGGAUGAGAGGAGUUGGGUCGGAGACGUGUCCAAUCUCCAAUGGGCCGCCUGUUCUCACUCUUCGGCCCACACAGUUCUCUAAAUAAGCGGCAAACCGGAUAAUAGCAAAGAUGUUAGGCUCAUUAUAAGCCUUCAAAGAACUGCUACUUUAUACACACAGAGUAGCAACACAUACAAACAGCACACAACAAUAUUCUCAGGCAUAUAUUCUCUCUUAAAACAGCAAAAUGUAGUAUGUGUGUCUUCUUGCUGUUAAUUACGCUGCAUCUCUUCCAGUAGCGCUCACUACUGCCUGGCAUGUUGUGGCACAACGUGAUACUACACUACCAAAAAACAAAAACAUUUGUGCAAUAUAGCGGCGGAAUGCUGUAUUGGUCGUUUUUGGUUUCGUGUGCCCCUUUAGUGGCAUGUUAAAGGGCACGUGUGUGUCUUCUGGGCAUCAUUAGUGGCCCAUCACACACACACACACAUGUGCACACUUGAGGGUCUCAGUAAAUGUCACAGAGGGGGCUCCCACAGUGCCAGGAAACAGUUUCCUCUCUCAUGUGAUCACCCUCCCCUUCCCGCUCUACAUUAUUGAAAAGGCCACACAGCAAGACGGAACUGUCGGAGUUGUGCUCUGGGAGAUGGAGAAGACGGGAACAGAUGAGGUGAAGAACUCCCGCCGAGCCAAAGAAGAGCGAAAUUUGGAUUCAAACCUUAUUGCCUCCUUGGACAUAAACAAGCAUGGAUGAUAUCUCAGAGGGAGUGGGUGGGGUGGGGGAAUGUUGGACGCACACCAUGAGUCAAGCAGAUGGCGAGACAGAGCUCUCGGGUGGAUGGCUCAGUGGUCCGCGCUAAAGUCUUCAUUUGUCCUCCAUUUCAAUGGCAGACAGGACCCCAUCAGGAAUUCCCAUUCUGUGAAAAAUGACAGAUGAGCCUGCCAGUUGAGGUCCCCUAAGACAGAUUUCAACAGACAAUUUUUUUUUUUGUUGGGGGUUGUUCUAUUACAAUGGUAGCUCGGGGGAGGGGUAUGAGAUGGGAGUGUUUGAUGCACUGUGAAACAGGCUGUGAGUAAAAAGGUGGGAAAAGGUUGGGAAUAUAGUGAGAAAACGGGUCCAGGAAGUGUUGGCGGAGUGACAGUAGGCCGGAUAAACAAAAGGGAGGGGGGGACGACGGAAAGAGGAAAGUGACAAGACUGGGCUUCUGAUGGUGUCAAAAUAGUGUACGGGUUCAGAUUUCCCCUUCACACGAACAAAACAAAAUGGCCCGCAGGGUGAGCAAACACAUUGCUCUGUCACAUUUGUAUUUCACACAUUUAUGCAACCAUUUGGAGACAGAGGGUAACUGUAAGCCCAAGCAGACAAAAAAAAAAAAAUAAUAAAACAAUAAUUCACCAGUCAUAUCAUUCGGUACCAGAGGUGGGCAAAUCUAAUAUUUGUUCUAUGACAUUGUAUUCAUUUAUUCCCAACAGUCAAUUCUUUUCAUUUUGUAGCGUUUCUCUUGGCUGCACCUGCUUCUAGAUAAGGUCCACGGCACAGUUGCGUGUUUGGCAU